UGUUCACUCACUAGCGAUGAGCAACAACAGCUCAGUGCUUGAGGGUGAAGUCUCGGCGUUUAUUAAAGCUCACUCCAGUUUUUUGACAUGUUUUCAUCUAUUUUUAAGAAAACCAGUCUGCCUGAAGGUCCUCCUCUGAGGAUUGUGCUGAUCGGGAAGACUGGUGUGGGGAAGAGUGCCGUUGGUAACACCAUCUUAGGCAAAAGAUUAUUUGAGUCCAACGUGAGUUCAGAGUCAGUGACAGAAACCUGUCAGCGAGAACGAGCUCACUGCUCCAGACCCAUCUAUGUGGUCGACACACCCGGGAUCCUAGACACAACUAAGAGUGCAGAGACCAUAAGAAAUGAGAUUGCAAAGUGCAUCCAGAUGUCGUCUCCUGGUCCCCACGUCUUCCUGCUGGUCCUUCAGAUCGGAAGGUUUACCAAAGAAGAAGAAAACUGCGUCCAAGCCCUGGAGAAGCUCUUUGGACCCCGAGCCUCAAAUCACAUGAUUGUUCUCUUCACUCAUGGGGACAAACUCGUUCAGCGGGACAUAUCUAUACAGGUGUAUUUACGGAACAGUCACCCGAAGCUUCAAGAGCUCCUGAGUCGGUGCGGGAACCGCUUCCACGUCUUCAACAACAAGAACUACAAAAACAGAACUCAGGUGAUUGAACUCAUCAAGAAGGUGGAUGAAAUAGUGGCUGCAAACGGAGGAGCAUUCUACACAGACGAAAUGUUCGAAGAAGCACAGAAAAGUCAGCAGGAGCAGAAGAAGACAGACGUGGACAAGGAGGCUGUUUUCAGCUCGUACUUUAUGGCUCAGCUGCUCCAAAAAGUCAUCAUAUUUCAGAUCGUUCUGGUUGAAACACAGAGCAGCACACACCACAAUCUAAUCAAGUCUGAAUUUAAAUGAUUUCACAACAACAAACAGAAAACUUUACAACAUAACAUAUACUGUAUCUAACAUAAUUCCUCAAUUUUUAUAACCUUCCUUUUUAUUAUGUCACUAAUAAAGUGGUUCUAGUUUGUAUGAUUUUAAGAUGCUGCAGCUUUGUUCAUUAAAGACAUUAUUUAACUUUGUUGUAUCUCUGUAUGUAAAAUAUUUCAUUCAAUAAAUUCAAAUGCUUGUAAGUAAA